UCGGAACAUUCAUUCAACAUGUUUGGUCUGUUUUGCCUUUCUGUUUUAUUUGCGACACACUUCAAAGCAGAAUCUCUGGAAUGUUCGUCCGACAAAAGAUGUAUAUGCCCAAUCUAUCAGGGACAACUUUGGGCAAAUUGUGAAAACCUCAAUCUCACAACAACACCAUCUUUUAACAGUGAAGUUACAGGAAUAAAUCUUGCAAGAAACAACAUUUUAAAGUUUCCAGAAAACCUUCCUAGGGGAAUACUGUAUUUAGACGUCUCCGAAAAUAUACUGCAACAAAUGGAUGCAGCGUCACUAGGAAAAUAUAAGGACCUGAGAAAUUUAAGUGUUUCUAGCAAUAAACUUAGAUCUAUUGAGCUUGGAGCUUUUGAGAAGUCCCCAAAUAUUCAACAUCUUGACAUUUCAAGUAAUCAGGAAUUAACUUUAGAAGUUAUUGUUAAUGUAUCGAGUGACUUACAAAAUUCUACUUCAAUUCGAGUUCUAAAUUUUGAAAAAUUACAAUGCACCUAUGGCGUCAGUUUUAAUCUCAUGAAAUAUCAUACUGUUUAUCUCAAGAACACAAAGCUAGAGGAACUGAAUUUAGCGUCAAAUCGCAUCAACAGUCUUGAAACAGGACUUCUAACAGAAUUACCAAAGUCCCUUAAACAUCUAAAUUUGGCGAAUAACAUUCUGAGUUUUGGAUUUUAUUUGGCUGAGUUUGGCAGUUGCCCAAUGUAAUCAGUAUAAAUGUGAGUUUUCAAGCUUC